UUUAAUAUAAAUUAUAAGAUCUGUUAAAAUGUCUGCAAGAUCUCUGUCUAAUGCUUUAGCUGAGAUAGCUCAAAGGGAAUUAAACGAAGAUCCCAAACGAGUCGACGAUGAUUUACGGCAUAUUAAAGAAUGGUUGGCAAAACAAAAACAUUUGCGUGCAAGAUCAGAUAACCAAUGGCUCCUAGCCUUUCUGCGCGGAUGCAAAUUUAGUUUAGAAAGAACAAAGGAGAAAAUAUACCAAUAUUAUUCAAUACGGAACAUAGCACCAGAUUGUUUUAGAAUAAAAUAUUCAGAUCCAGCUUUCAACGAGAUUCUCGAAACAGGUUCAUAUUUAGUACUACCUCAAGUAGAUGAUGAAGCCUCACCACGUGUUAUAAUCAUAAGACCUGGAAGUUACGAUCCCGAUAAAUUUACUAUCACAGAUAUAAUAUCCGUAGCUGAUGUUAUACACAAGAUUUUAUUGAUGGAAGAUGAUAAUACAGUGAUUGCCGGAUCCCGUAUUAUUUUCGACUUAAACGGCGUCAAGUUGGGUCAUUAUUUGCAGAUGACGCCCACAACUAUGAAAAAGAUGGUUACACUAGCUCAGGACGCCAUUCCUGUACGCUUGAAAGGAAUUCACUAUUUAAACACACCACCUGGCUUUGAGAGCAUCUUCAAUGCACUGAAGAGUCUUCUAAAUGAGAAGCAUCGAAAAAGACUUUUUGUGCAUAACAAAAAUUACAAAGAAAUGUACAAGUAUAUUCCUAACGAUAUUUUACCUUUCGAAUAUAAUGGGAAAUCUGAAAAUAUUAAGGAUAUUAUUGACUAUUGGAAAAGGAAAGUCCAAGAAUACGAUGAAUUUUUCAAAGAAGAUCUGCAAUAUGGCGUUGAUGAGUCUGAAAGAACCGGACAGGCUAUAACAGUUGACAAUAUGUUCGGUGCGAACGGCUCUUUAAUCAAGAUGCCGGUUAGACCGUUAUCCCCCGAAUUGGCGGAGAAAGCUCGAAAUGAACUAAACGAAACUGAUGAGAAUAAAAUGGUAGACAGUUUGCAGCAUUUGAAGGAUUGGCUCGCCAAACAGCCAUAUUUGAAAGCCCGUACAGAUGAUCAAUGGCUUGCUGCAUUUUUAAGAGGCUGCAAAUUCAGUUUGGAACGAACGAAACAAAAAAUCGAUUUGUUUUAUACUUUAAAGAAAACAGCACCUGAAUUGACUCCUUUGAAUUAUAAGGAUCCAAAGUUUUCCGAGAUUCUUGAUCUAGGAGUAUCAAUAGUUUUGCCAAAAACUUCCAAUCCUGCAGAACCGAGGAUUCUCCUAAUGCGACCUGGAUUGUACGAUCCAAACAAGUACUCACUCGGUGAUGUAAUGUCUGUCGGUGCUGUUAUUCAAAAUAUAAUGUUAAUGGAUGAUGACAACUUUGUUGUCGCUGGUGGGAUCAGUAUCAUAGACUUACAGGGCUGUACCAUGGCUCACUUCGCCCAAAUGAAUCCUAUGCUCAUGAAGAAAAUGACUGUAGCGUUUCAGGAAGCUGCUCCUGUAAGAAUGAAAGGCGUUCAUUACUUGAACACUCCACCAGGCUUCGAGACCAUCUUUAACUUUAUAAAAGGUUUCCUCAAUGAGAAAAACAAAAAAAGGUUGUAUGUACACAACACCGAUUUUGAAUCAUUGUACAAGUAUUUACCUAAGGAAGUGCUGCCAACAGAGUAUGGUGGUAAUGCCGGAACUGCUCGAGAAUUCACAGAAAACACGAAGAAAAAGAUCUUGGAGUAUAGUGCAUGGCUCGAUGAGGAACACCUGUAUGGAACAGAGGAAUCUAAACGACCCGGAAAGCCUAAAACUGCGGAAGAACUGUUUGGAGUCGAAGGUUCCUUUAGGCAACUACAGGUCGAUUAAACUAUGCUUGGGAUGACAAAUUACUAUGUUUUUUAAGUUAUUGAAAU